GUUAUGUUCGGCUCUUCCCGCAGUUAGCUGUCUGUCUGUCUGUCUGUCUGCCUCGUAUUGAACCACCAAACAAACCGGUCACUCACCUUUGUGAGCCAACACAGAAGGAUGGAUGUCUCUGACCAUAAUGGCGAGGUUACCAAGAUUUCAGAGAAACUGGAAAAGUCUCUGUCCAUGGACACAGAAGACAAGAUGGAAGUCUAUCAGAGAUUAUCUCAGGAGGGUAAAGAUGCUGCCAGGCAAGGGGACAUGAACAAGGCUCUAAAGUGCUUCAAAAAAGCGUACAAGAUCCACCAGAGUGAAAAGCUGCAGAACCGGAUUAGGAAGAUUGAAGAUCUUCUUGCUCAGAGUGACUCCGAGGAGGAAGACGAGGAGUUUGUGGACGUGAACGGCAGCGGUUUAACGCUUUUCAAAGAGUUGCAUGACAAUCUUUACGACUACCAGAGGAAUGGAGUUGCCUUUAUGUACAGUCUGUACAGAGACGGCCUUAAAGGAGGGAUCCUGGCAGACGACAUGGGCCUUGGUAAGACCAUCCAGGUGAUCUCGUUCCUCUCCGGUAUGUACGACAACGAGCUGGCCAAGCACACGCUGCUCAUCAUGCCCACCUCGCUCAUCACAAACUGGACCAAGGAGUUCGCCAAGUGGACCCCCGGCAUGAGGGUCAAGGAGUUUCACGGUGUGGGCAAAGAGAGGACCAGGAAUUUGGAGAAAGUUCAGAGGAGAAAUGGCGUCGUUAUUACCACGUACAACAUGCUCCUAAACAACUGGCAGCAGCUGUCGUCAUACUGUGGCAAAGAGUUCACAUGGGACUACGUGAUCCUGGAUGAGGCACACAAGAUAAAAAACCCGUCCGCAAAAACAGCCAAAAGCGCCUCCGCCAUUCCCUCAAAGAACCGACUUCUCCUCACAGGAACUCCGGUGCAGAACAACCUGAAAGAACUGUGGGCUCUGUUUGACUUUGCCUGUCAGGGCACUCUGCUCGGCACGGCAAAAACAUUCAAGUCAGAGUACGAGAACCCCAUCACCCGGGCCAGAGAGAAGGACGCUACUCCGGGAGAGAAGGCCCUCGGGUUUCGGAUGUCUGAGAACCUCAUGGCCAUCAUCAAACCGUACUUCCUACGCAGGACCAAAGCAGAGGUGCAGAAGAACAAAACGAAGGAAGAUGAACGUUCAGACAACAAAGACGACCAAGUCCCAAAUCUUCCUGAAGACUCUGGAGCCGUCAUGCCCAAGCUGACAAGAAAGAACGACCUGAUUGUGUGGACUUACCUGAGCUCCAUUCAGGAGGACAUUUACCGACAGUUCCUGUCCCUGGACCACAUCAAGGAGCUGCUUAUGACCACCAGAUCCCCUCUCGCUGAACUGAACAUCCUGAAAAAGCUGUGCGACCACCCCAGACUGCUCUCUGCUGCAGCCAUAGCCAAGUUAGGCCUGGAGGAGAGUGCGGCUGACGGUGAGCAGAACGCUGAGGAGUCGGACACGGGAAACAUCGCAAACGUUCCAGACAGCACCUUAAUCUCCGAGUCCGGGAAACUCGUCUUCCUGUUUGCGCUUCUUGAGAGGCUCAGAGAGGAAGGCCACCGCACGCUUGUCUUCGCUCAUUACAGGAAAGUGCUCGACAUCAUCGAACGCAUCCUAGGCAACAGAGGCUUCAAAGUCAUGAGACUGGACGGCACCAUUACAAACAUUGCAGAGAGAGAGCGGCGCAUCACUCUGUUCCAGAAGGAUAAGAGUUAUUCCGUCUUCCUCCUGACCACCCAGGUUGGUGGAGUCGGCAUCACUCUCACGGCAGCAAACAGAGUCGUGAUCUACGAUCCCAGCUGGAACCCGGCGACAGACGCCCAGGCCGUGGACAGAGCGUACCGCAUCGGACAGACUCAGAAUGUUGUCAUCUACAGACUGAUCACCUGCGGCACGGUUGAGGAGAAGAUCUACAGACGGCAGGUGUUCAAAGACUCCCUCAUCCGACAGAACACCGGGGACAAGAAGAACCCGUUUCGGUACUUCAGCAGGCAGGACCUGAAGGAGCUCUUCACUCUGGAGGACGCGCAGUCCUCGUCCACACAGAUCCAGCUCCAGGCUCUGCAUUCCAGACAUCGACGGACAGACCCUGAACUGGACGAGCACAUCGCCCAGCUGCACGCCAUGGAGAUGUUCGGGAUCUCUGACCACGACUUGAUGUUCUCUCUCGACGUCAACAACGACGAGGCGCCGGAGGACCAAGAGGCGCACAACUACAUCACAGGCCGGGUGCAGAAGGCCCAGGAGCUGAUGAAGGCCGAGUCAGAGUUACAGCUGCAGCUGGCAGAGAGCAUGGCGUCCAGCACAGAACCGGCCUGGCUCAGACAACCGGCCGGCAGCAGCAGAGAGCGGUCGCAUGAGAAAAGACCAAGAAGUCCGAGACCAAGUCCUUCCUAUCCACAAUCUGACUUCAACGGGUCGCCAGUCGUGGUCGAGUCAGACCAGUCCAGUUCUGACAAGGAGGUCGGACAACACAAUCUCAGUGACCGAGUUAUUGAUCUGACUGCAGAUGAGAGCAUGUCAGAAGGAAAACCUGUUGGAGAAGUGAGCCAUGAAGAGAACCUGGAGUCUCCAAAACAGCCGUCCACCAAGCAGGAGAGAGAAAGUUUCUUGGAAGUGGCAGAUGCCUCGUCGCCGGACGUGAUGGAGGAGUCUCUGGUGAUGGAGGAGUCUCUGGUGAUGGAGGAGUCUCUGGUGAUGGAGGAGGCCGGUGAUGCUGCAGUCGCUGAUGAUGCAGAUGUCUCUCUGCAAGAACUAAAGGACCUGUCUGCGCUGUCUGCUGGCAGCCUGGAGUACGCUACAGCAGUUGAUGAUGAUAAACUGCUUAACGGAUCUUUACACUCAAAACACAACUCCAAGAUGGACUUGGAGCCUCCACGUGUCACACCCCUGCAGAACAAAAGACUUUCUGUCUUGCAAGCCUCUAAUUCCAGCUUCAGAGCGAACACGUCACCCAGAGCCAGCCCCGGGCUCGAGUCCUUCGAAGGGAACUUCAAACUGCAGCUGGAGGACAGCGACAUGUUGUUGGAGCAUGAUGCCCUGGAGGAUCAGGAGACUGAGGAGGAGGAGCAGCAGCUGCUGUCUGUGCUGCAGCUGGAGGGCAGCUUUGAUGUCAACAAAUCACUUUCUGAGAAGCAACUUAAAGACGCACUUGGCCAAAGCCUCAGCGUCGUCCACGCCGCCGAGACAGAUGAGUCCGUGAACGACUCCUUCGUGGUUACCAAGAGGAAGAGAGCACAGGUGGUUUAUGACAGUGAGGAAGACGAAGAAGAAGAUGAAGACCACAGGAGUCAACUCAACAACUCCCUCCCUGUUCGCGGAGCUUCUACGCCCAAAUCAUCUGGCCCCACCCCUCACCGGUCAAGAAAGAGCAUCGGAGGAAACACCUCCGUGGCCUCGCGUCAGUCCCUCCUCCUGUCCCUGAUCGAAGACCAGGACACGUCUGAUGAUGACGACGAUGAUGAUGAUAAUGAUGAUGAUAAUGGCGACAUGUCCGGGAGGCGUUCUGAUGAGGCUGAAGAGGAUGACAUCAUUGAUUCAAAUCAAGAUGAGCUGCAGCUGGAGGAGACUGUGGGAGAGACACUAAUGACGGAGGAGGAGGAGGAGGAGGAGGAGGAGGAGGAGGAGGAACAGGAAGUGAGCAGUAACAUGGAUGAGUCAAACAGCGAGCCGGAGCUGGCCUCCUCAGAGCAGAUGGAUCAGUGCACGGUUGAUAAAGGAGUCAAAGUGAAUGGGAUGAAGGAGCAGCAGGAGGAGGAGGAGGAGAGCUUCGACUCCCUGGUCAGCCGGGGGAAGGAGAGGCGCAGCAGAGGGGAGCUGGACGGCGCUCUGACCUUCUUCCUGAGAGCCAUCGACAUGAAACCUGGAGAUAAUGAAAUCCAGCUCCUGGUCAUCCAGCUGUACCGGGAGCUGAGUCAGAGGUAACCCGGCAGCUUCACAAGCUGCAGGACCAUCAGGACCAGACAGAUCCAGUGUCCCCCGACACCAAACAGCUGAAAAGAAUAAUUUCCAGUUUUUUUAUUUGUCCAUUAGGACAAAACUGUAACAGUUGUCCUCAUCUGUUGAUGUAAAAGAUAUUUUCUGUGUAACCCGCUCUGGGUGAUUAUAUUGUCAGUCUGACUGAGAAAUUAAAAUGAAAUGUUGAAAUUGUUACAA